AUGGAUGCACACAAGAUUACCCGUGCCAGCGCCCAACUGCUGGACGAAACCAAAAACGAGGGGAACAAACUCUUCCGGAGCAAAAAGUAUGAAGAGGCCCUGGGCGUUUACCUGGGCGCCCUUGCGCAGCUCUGCGGGGAGCCAGUCGAUUCCACAAAGGUUCAAAGCUGCGUCCAGUUUUUUCGCCAAAACGGGGAAAAAAAGGAGGCGGACGUCCCAGAGGGUACCAAUGGAGAUACCCCCCACCUCAACCAGCAAGUAAAAGACCUGUUCACGAAAAUAUGCCACAACGUCUCCUUAUGUUAUUACUUCCUGGACCGACUAGAAGAAGCAAUUACUUACUCCUCGUACGUAAGCGAGAUGGAUAAGAAGCACUACAAGAGUUAUCACACCUUGGGUCUGUGCUAUGAAAAGUUAAAGAAUUACAAAAAGUGCGUCGAGUGUUUUGAACGCUGCAAGGUUAUCCUCUUGAAGGAGGUCAGUUCUGGCAGGUCCAAUCACUCUUGCACCCCUGGUAGUAGUGCAGAUGUGCGAAAUGAAGUAAACCGAAUAAACGACAAGCUGAAGAGGAUAAUUAAAGAAAUGGAAGAAUCAAAGCAGCAGAAAGAAGGGGUAGGUAUCACAAUCGAUAUGAUUAAAAAGACCAUUCUAGAUGAUGGCACCACGGAAGAGGAAAAAGUAAAAAUGAUAUACAGCAUUUACAAGCAUAAAAUACACACCCUCUUGCGAGAAAAUAUUUUUCACUUUUUCUCCCAGUUGUUGAAUCAUGAAGGGAAUUCCCUCGCCAUUGAAAAGGCGUGUCUUCACGUCAUUUACAAAUUAGUUUCGAAAAUGGACAGAGAUGCAGAGGAAACUUCAAAGAACACCAACGUGUGUAUCAACAAGGUCAGUGAUAUGAAGCUGGAGUAUUAUUACGACCUCGAUUAUGUGAAAACCAUUUUGUCCUUCCAUGAAGCCUUCAACGAGCAGUGGAUAAACAGCUAUGUAAAGGAUAAAAUGAAUAAAAUGGAAACCCUCAAAUUCGAUAAGAAAAGAGACAGUUACCAACUUAUAAAGGACAUCCUGAUCUUUACCAUUCACAUUAUUAAGUAUAUUCAUAUGGUGACAAAUGAAAAAGUGAUGAGAAUGCUUAAUGUGUAUUUUCUCUCCAACGACGAUGUAGAUAUGGCCAGCAGUGCACUCGAUGCAAUCAUUUUCCUCUGCAAAAAAAAAAAAUUCUUUAUACAAAGGAGAAAUAUAAAAGGGGGGAAAAAUUCAGUCUCCUUUUUAAACACCUUAAGGGAAGAUGCUCAUUUGGAUGUCAAGCAUGAUCUGAUUGAUGCCCAUUUUGGCGACGUCUUCAAACACCCCCUCUGUGUCAACCUCGAAAUUAAAACAACUAUUCAGCAGUGCAUUAGUAUGCAUGAAAAUUUCGCUAGUGAUGUGGAGUACGCCUUAAUACUUAUGUUCUCUCUUCUACACGAUAAAAACAGACCGAGUGAAAAGGAUACUGAAAUGAACGACCUCAUUUAUGAGUGUAUUGAUUUGUAUUUCAAACCACAAGAUAUUGGUGUGGAGUGGUUCCUCUCGGUUAAGUGCCUCUUCCUCGUGGACAAAAAUAUUGUUCUCAACUACUUAAUUGGAAAGCAGCAAUACAUGUGUGAUAUACUUAUCUUUAUUAACCAGUCAGUGGGAAGGAAACCAAAGAAGGAGGUGUCCCUUUUCAUUGAAGUUUUGCUUCUCCUCCUAAACAUCCCAGAACUGCGCUUCAUGCUGAACAGCUACAUCGAUGUGUACAUUAACAUUUUGAAGACCUUUCCGUAUGACGAAAAUUUUUUAAAGUUUCUCGUGGGCUCCUUCAAACUGUAUAUGCACAGCAAAGAGUUCAAGGACGAAAUUUUGAAGAGAGUCGACUUGUUUUCCUACGCCAAGGAGUUGUUGAAACGCUUCCUGCUACGCUCUGAGGGACAGAUGGGCAAGCUAUCUGAGGGUUGUUCCACCCACAAGGAUACCCCAACUCGUUUACACAAGCGGGAGUUUCUUGAGUCACCCGAGCAGCCCACGGAUGCCACACACGCCACAGACGCUACGCACGCCACGCACAGCGGCAAAAAGAACUGCGAGUUGGUGCGCAAAAUGCCUAAGGAGCAAACGAAUGUUUCCUCGCAUGGCAGUAUAGACUACGACGCACACGCUGUUAAGGACCUCAUCGAAAUGGUCUUCUACCUCAGCCUGCAUAUCGAGUUUAAAAAGCAGCUCCUCGACCAAGACAACCACUACAUCCUCUUCUUCCUCAUCAAAGUAGGAGAUGAUAUUAACCAAAAAAAAUUAGACAACACAUACAAGUACAUAUACUGCAAUACCAUCAACAAUUUAAUAUUAACAAGAAAAGAUGAAAAGGUUAGGAGAAGAGAAAUUAAUAAAGCUAAUUUAUCCAAUUUUGACUCUGAGCAAAUUGAAGCCCUUGAACAGUUUUACGAAAAAUUACCCCUAGGAGCCAAACCGAAAGCAGACCCCCUAUAUGAUUAUGGAGAUGAAGAAACGAGUAAUCAGUUAAUUAAUUUAUUGAUGUAUAAUGAGAACUAUUCACUCAAGGUGAAAGAAAAAGAGGGUGAACAAAUUGUCUUACCUAAAGGGGGCAAGUAUAAAAAUGGCGCAAUUGUUAAUACCAUAUAUAAUUUUAUUAACACCAAUUUUUUUACCACAAACAUAGCAGAAGCUGUGUGUGACAUCAUUUCCAAACUGGUGAAAGAUACAAAAAAUAUUGGCCUCGUACUUGUAAACAAUGGAUUGAAGACACUACUCUUGGCUUCCAAACAUAUUGCUAAUAAAAAAAACUGCGCCUUAGCUUUGAGCGAAAUUUUUAUUUAUACCAACCCAAAGUUGAUUCAUUUUUACGAGGCAUAUGAUUCACUUCCACUACUCAUUCACCAACUGGGUACGGAAGAAGAACUGCUCGUCUUCAAGUCCUUAAUGGCCAUAACGAAUAUAUUGACCAUUGACGAGAACGUAGCCAUCAAGGCCAUGCAACUGAAUUUGUGGAACAAAUGCUUCGACAUCCUCGCAUCGGAAAAUGACUCUAUAAGGUCAGCCAGCUUAGAGUGCAUAUGCAACUUAUGUUCUCAGCCGUACGUCCAUCAGUACGUGUAUGAUAAGUAUAAAAAAAUUACCGAGGGGGAAGGAAAAGAUGAACAAAUCAAUUUCGUAGACAUACAAAUAAUGUUUUCUUUUACCAUGGAGAAGGAAAAUUACAAAGCCGUUGUUGCUGCCACUGGGGCACUUGGUAUGUUGUCCUCCGAUUUGCGCCUCCCUACAUUUUUAACACGGACAAAGGGUUUCGACCACGUGUUUAACGCGUUGAACGAAACGAAUGAUGAGCAGAUUUUACUCCGCAUUUUAACCUUUUUCAACAAUGUUAUAAUGGGAGAAAAUGUGGCAUCGGAUCAUGUGAAACGGGUCAGAGACGCUGUUCGGGGAAAGACGGGCCUGAAUGGCGAAAAUGCGCAAAUUGCGCAGUUUAUUCUGCAGUGA